AUGGUCACACUCAUCACUGAGAAGCUGCAGAACCAGAGCCUGGAUGACCUUGCCCGCAAGAGCUACGAUGCUGGCCCGCGUUCUGCUGGGACACUGAGCAACAGGGGUCAUUUGUUCCCUUUUGAGAGCAACGAAGACAGGCGCCCCUGGAAGGUCUUAAGUGGAGGAUGGCCCGUCGGGAGUCAGACGGCCACGGGCACACGUGGCCCAGACACAGGCCUGGGUGCCGUGAGCGCCACAGACCUCAGGGAGAGCACAGGGCCCCCCUCGGCACCACCUACCAAGCGCCACUGCCGCUCCCUGUCGGAGCCGGAUGAACUGGCACGCUGCCGCUCCCCCUGGCGCCCUGGCGGCUCCAAGGUCUGGACGCCGGUGUCCAAGAGGCGGUGCCACAGCGGCGGGCGCGCCACGCUGCGGGAAAGCCUCGCUGCCAGCCUGCUCGGGAGCGCCACACUGCUGGGCCGUACCGCCCCGGUGGCCGGCCCCACUUCGCCCCCUGUGCCCCGGCCGCCUUCAGCCGGCGGCGGCUGCCUGGACGGCAGUGAGGGUGGCCCGGGCCCACCCUGGCGACCCACAGGGCCCUGCGCUCUGUCCUGCAGGCGCCGCCUGUCCCUGUCACAGGAGCACCUGGUGGAAGUGGGCACACCCCCGCCCUCUGCCGGCAGCAGCCCCUCAUCCACGCCUGAACUGGGCCGGCGGCUGGGCCUGCUCCGGUGCCGCUCACAGCCUUGUGUGCUGGUCGGGAGGAAGUGUCGGCGCAAGCGCAGGCGUGAGGAGAGCGCCUGCUGGCCGCGCCCGUCCUUGGACUUUCUGAAAAUGACACGGACUUUAAAAAAUUCAAAAAGCCUUUGUUCCCUUGAUUAUGAAGACGAAGAGGAGGAUGACAGCCAAGUGAAGCUGGCCCCGUAUGCCCCACGCGGCCCCACGGGCAUCAUCACGCCCGGCUCCAGACCACUGGGCGUGUGCCCCAGCCCCUGCUGCACCGGCCCUGGCCCGUGGGCCUCUUGGGAGCCCAUGGCCGCUGAGGGCGAGGGCGGGAGCGGCGGCGACCCCAGUGACUGGGAGAGCGCUGGGGAGGAGGGGGCCUUCCCUCCCGGCCGCGGCGAGCUGGACCUGGGGCAGAUCGAGAGCAACUGA